AUGGUGUGUCAAAAGCAACCCAAAGUUUUAUUCUUGUGUGAAACGUUGUGUAAAAAGGACAAAGUGGAGUGGCUUAGAGUAAUCCUUGGCUUUGAGGGGUGCUUCGCGGUUGAUUGUUUGGGCCAUAGUGGUGGAGUGGCGAUGCUUUGGAGAAAUAGGGAGGACGCCUCUCUAAUUAGUUAUGGGCAUUCUCAUGUUGAUAUGGAACUUCAAUUGAGUGAUCACCCAAAAUUCCGUCUAACGGGAUUCUAUGGGGAACCAAACCGUAGCUUGAGGGAGGAAUCCUGGAGGAGGCUUAGACAACUAACUAGUUCAUCUUCGUUACCUUGGUGCUUGAUGGGCGAUCUUAAUAAUGUUCUAUCUAAUAGAGACAAGAGGGGUGGGAGACCGUAUCCUUCUGGCUUGAUAUGUGGCUUUCAGGAGGCGAUAUCUGAUUGUAAUUUGAUUGAUAUGGAUCUGAUUGGCUAUCAAUUUACAUGGGAGAGGGGUCGUGGUACUGAAAACUGGGUGGAGGUUCGCUUAGACAGAGCUUUAGUGUCACCAAGCUGGCUAUCAUUAUUCUCAACUGCGAAACUUCAUAACAUUGGCCCUUCUGCUUCAGAUCAUGCGCCUUUGUGGUUGAAUCUGGACUUCAGGAAGAGGACAGAGUACACUUACCGUUUUAGAUUUGAGAAUGCUUGGGCUAGAGAUCCUCUUUGCAGACAGAUAGUGAAGGACAGAUGGGGGGUGCCUCAUUCUAAUACUCUGCUUCAGAAGAUUAGAUGUUGUAGCACUUCUUUGGCGGAAUGGGGGAGGGACAUUACUGGAACUUUUAAAACGCGCAUAGCUCGGUGUAAAGCCACUCUGAAAUGGACCCAAGGACAGCGUGAUAUUUAUUCAGUUUAG